UUCAGAGCGCUUUGCCAGGAAUCCCGCCAGCAGGAAGCGCGAGGACGAGAGUGCGGAGCACAAGGGGAAGCCCAGCGAAGAAGCGAAGGAGAGCGGGAAUCCCUCUCUCUCUUCUCAGCCGGCCGCCGCGCCAGCACAAGCUCCUCCAUGCGUACUCUCCAGGGCAAAACUGCGCCUCAUGAGGCAGCAGCAUCCGGCUGAGCCCGGCGUGCUCUGAGAGCGGGGAGGGCGGUCUCUGCGGCUGGCCUGGCGCUCGUGCAAAAAUGCCCUGUCCCAGGCGCGCGUGAGGACUUGCUCCUGGUGGCAGUUGCCAAGUGCCGGGGAAAGGAACCGUGGCAGGGCUGGGCUGCGCCCUCUCGUCAGCUGUCUGUCACCGCUGGCUCAUCAGCAGCAGGCAUCAUGAUCUCCUAACCGAGGGGGUCGAGUCGUUCUCUCUCUUUCUCUGCUCCCCCUCCCCUCCCCCCCAAUGGAAUUACCUACCAUCGCCGGCUGGAGUUGGAACUGUUGAACUCGUGUCGUUUGGCGAGUUGAGAGCGCUGGAGCCAAAGCGCACGGUUGCUUCAUCCUGGACUGUUUGGAGGGGAAUUGACUGAGCUGGCAGAGGCUCAGACCACAGGGGUGGGUUUUGGAGAAAAGUGAAUUCUGUCUAACCUAUGACUCCUCUGAAGUGCAGCAGCAAUUAUCCUUGAAGGAUCACUCUAUACUGGAACUGAAGGACAGUAUAGUGAUCCUCAGGGGUAGACGUAUGUACAUGUAGACGGCUCAAUCUGUGUGGAAAUUAAUACUGACUUCUUGUCGGUGGCAACCUGAAGAAUUUACCUUUAUUCCAAUGUUGCUCUGAAAGAAUCUGCAUUUAAAACUCCAAACUAUCAAGCUUGCCAUGAUGUCUCAGGAACAGUACGCUCACAGGAGCACCAUGCAGAGCUCAGAAGGACCACAUGUGUACAAAGUGGGGAUUUAUGGCUGGCGGAAGAGGUGCCUCUAUUUCUUUGUGCUACUCCUAAUGAUUUUAAUUCUGGUGAACCUUGCCAUGACCAUCUGGAUUCUCAAAGUUAUGAACUUCACAAUUGACGGAAUGGGAAACCUGAGGAUCACAGAAAAAGGUUUAAAGCUAGAAGGAGAUUCAGAAUUCUUGAAACCUCUCUACGCCAAAGAAAUAAGAUCUAGGACAGGCAACCCUCUGUACUUCCAAUCUGCUCGGAAUAUUACAGUGAACAUUCUCAAUGAGAAGAGUAAAGUUCUUACACGUCUUGUGACAGGUCCCAAAGCAGUGGAAGCACACAGCCAAAAAUUCAAAGUACAAACCACCGAGGGGAAACUGUUGUUUUCUGCGGAUGACAAUGAAGUGGUGGUUGGAGCAGAGAGGCUAAAAGUUUUAGGAGCAGAAGGUACAGUGUUCCCAAAAUCCAUAGAAACUUCCACUAUCAGGGCAGACCCCUUCAAGGAAUUAAGACUGGAGUCGCCUACACGCUCUUUGGUGAUGGAGGCACCGAAGGGAGUUCACAUAAAUGCUGAGGCUGGCAACUUAGAGGCCACAUGUAGGACAGAGCUCAAGCUGGAAUCCAAAGAUGGUGAGAUAACAUUGGAUGCUGCAAAUAUCAAACUACCUAGAUUGCCUCAGGGAUCCUACUCCUCUACUGGAUCUAGGCAAAAAAUCUACGAGCUGUGUGUGUGUCCCAAUGGGAGGUUAUUCCUGUCUCAGGCAGGAUCUAGUUCCACCUGCCAGAUAAACUCAAGUGUCUGCCUCUGAGAAAGACUGUUGGUGGCAGGCAUUGCCGGCAGCACAACGGCCUUUGCUGGCCUCCCAGAUAAGAGCUGCCAACUAUUUUUACUACAACACAGAGAGCCUAUCAAAGACUGUUUUUGUGUGUGCGUGCGUGUGUGAAUAUAUAAAUAUAUAUAUACAGAUAUAUAUAUAUAUAUAUAUAAAUAUAUAUAUAUAAACUUUGUGUAAAUGAAGUUUCAGUACAAGAAGUCCCAGGGUGACCCUCUUUGUGUAGUAUUCAUUGUUCUCACAUAAAUUUUUUAUAAAUAAUGUUCAAAUUGGAUCUAAAUCUUUCCAGGAGUUCUCAAACUAUGUUAUAGCAAGCCUCCACAAAGUAAAGACAACGUUUUAGAGCUUCUCUUAAUUUAGGUAAAGGCCAAGUCAUGUACUACAUUUUAUCUGCAGACAUUGGAAGAAACCAUGUCAUACGACAAUUUUAUAUUCAUGCUCAUUUACCAUGUAUACAUGCACUAGCGACUCUAACAUUUCUGACUUCCAAAUGUGUACACUCAGAAAACUAGACUGUCUUCAUUAAUGGUUUAAUAUGCAGGAGCCUGUCUUUUAUUUCUGAGUCCAUGUAUACCUGUUUAGAUAUAAUGUCAUGAGUGAAACAAACCUAAAAUAAUGCCAAAAAACCUACAAGGCAGCUCCACCUGUAGAUAUCACUGUCAACCAAGUCUGAAGACAGAGAAAUCAGGCAGAGAAAAUAUUUGGAUACAUGGACUGUAUUCAAAUGGGUGGAACUACCAGGGAACAAAAAGCCAAUGCAAAUAAGUUGCCCUAUUGGUCAUUAGACCUGUCAAUCAAUUCAGUGUCUGGGAUGAAUUAGAAAGUGGCACCUCAUCACCUAUCGCAUUACCUAAGAAAUGUUCAAAAGCAGGAUCCUACAAUUUGCUUAGCCUUCCCCUACUUAUGGCCCAUUUUGCAUUUUGAAAACUACAGUUACAGUGUACACAAAUAAGACUCUCAUAUUAUUACAAUUUUCUCAAGCAAAAACUAAAACAACUGAUUAAUAAGACAAGCACCAUGAAGACCCAUCACAGUAGAAGAUAAACUUAUAUUUUUUUAAAAUACUUAGGAUGCUCCAGGACAUGUAUCCCAUGAGCAACACAGUGCACUACUUUCCAUAAUCCUAUAUAUGGUUCUGAGAGAUGUAUUUAAGUAUAGGACCUUUCAAUGACAUCAAAAUUGUGUCAUGUUAAUGAAAGAUGAUUGACAGCUACAAACUGGUUUUUGAUUAGCUGUAGUAAAGCCCAUUCAUGGAAUCAAAUUCUGACAGUUAUAAAAUAGUCCAGGACCAAGUAAAAAGAAAAAGAAGAUCUGCAGAUUGGUAUCUAAAAGAACAUCAAGGUUAUAUAUGUUUUGCUGAAAUUUACUUUGCAGUCUCUGCCUCUGUUAUGUACCCCAGUGUUAGGUUACAUAUAGUGCAUGAUGCAUCUCUAAGAUGUGUCUGUAGAGAAAGGAAACUGUCCCUUAAAAAGAGCAAUAAUGCAGUGAGAAAGAAUCUUAACUGAUAUAACAUUUAAUCUCUCUUGUGGACUAUGCAAGCCAUUCUGUCCUCAGGAUCACAACUGUUUGCAGUGCAGAUGAAAAAAUACCCAAGAUAGUCUGUGCAAACCGAAAGUAAAAUGGAAUUAAUAUUUGACUCCACUCCAAAAAAAGGGGCAGAAGCAAUUUAAUGUCAGUCUGUAGAAGUCUGUAUACUUCUUUGAAAGGCAGGGCACCUGCUGUACGUAUGAAACUUUGGAUGCUCACAACCAGCAGGUGUCUGGUUCAACCUUUGCUGUCAAUAUUGCAGGCAGAUUCCUGUUUCUAAAAAUGUGAACUAUAUUAGAAUAAAGAUUUUUAAAAGACCUAAAUGAGAAACAUGUCUAAUGGUAGUUGGCAUGAAGUAGAUUAACUAUUUAAAGUGCAGUAGUUUAGCUGCCUUAAAGCUAAAGAAGCAGGAUAUAAAUUUGAAAAAAAAAAGUAAAUUCAACAUCUAGAUUUCUACAUGAAGAGUAAUAGAAGGUCAACAUUACAUAUUUUAGAUACUACAAAUAUCAGAAAUGCUUAUUAUGAAGCAGAUUUUUUUCAUUGGUUUGUAUGAUACAACCUGCUCAUUCAAAACAGAUGCAGAACCCAAGAAAACUGCUGUUUACAUGAAUCCCAGAGAGGUAGCCAUCUAAAUGUAUUGUUGCAAAAUCAAUAGAGAGUCCUCUCACACUUGAAAACUGGCGAGUCUGUUGUGGCAUAAAAGCUUGUGCUGAAAUAAAACUGUUAACUUGGAGAUACUUUAAAACUGUUUUGUUUUUCUCCAAAGUAAAAAAGUGUUAAUAACAUCAAAGAUAUGACACAUCAUGAGAAAGGCACAAGAUUUAUGAAACAGAUUCCAUACAUGAUUCCCAUACAUUUCUGUCAACGCACAUAAUCCAAUGAAUAAAUAAUCAUAGGUUUAUUACACCUACAGCAACCUCAAAAUGUCGAGAUAGAACAGCGUGGGUUCUUCUUUCAAGCCAUUCUCCUGGAUUUCUUUAUGGGCACUAAACACUUGAGCACCAAGAACUUGACACCAAGCCUGUUGAAGUCAAUUGGAAGGCAUUCCCAUUGAUUUCAGUGGCAUCUGGAUUAAGCCAUUCUCAUAGGUGUUUCAGGCUGAAAAGGCAGGCUUGAAGACACCAGUGAAGUGCACUUUUGAAAGACAGCAAAAUGAGCAGCUCCACAUUACAUUUAGUGACACUGUUAGGACUUGCUAAUUGAACAGCUCCUGUCAUUAUCAUUUCUUGAGCUGACACUUCAAUGCAAAGGGGUCACCCAGGAUAAAAAUUGUAUUGGGACACAGGAUUAUACACCAUCUCUGUUCAAAGAGGAAGACGUGCCUAUGCCUUAAAUCAAUGCACUCAGCAAGGAGAAGCACAUCAUAUUUAUCUUAUCCUUAACACUAGUUUCUUUGAAGCAUUAGGAGGAAGCUUGAAAAGAUGUUUCAGAGAUGAAUGGGAACUUGUAAAGCAACAUAAAGUAGAGUCACUAGGUAUUCACAAGAAGUGUGGGACUUCUGGAGCAACUGCAGAUUAAUGUCAUGUUUUACUAUAGGAAGGACCCAAGUGUGGAACUUCUGAGCUCAUCCUGGGGUCCAGCUUUGAAUUUUCAGAGUUUUCUGUGUAGUAUGGUAUAUGCUUUCUUUUUCCAUUUUCCAUUGAACAAUGAUUUCUCAUUACAUGUUAAGGGCCAUGUCAUUAAAGAAAAUUUGUCAGGGUGUGCAACAUAAUAAAUGAGUUCAGCCAUGCAAAAAUAUACAUAUUGCCAUGCAACA